GUUUUGUGUAUUCUCCCAAAAGCGUAUAAGUUACUAAGCUGUGAAGUCGCUAUUAAUUUUGAAGGAUAACGGCGGUUCCGAACCGACAGUAGCUGGCAUUCUUGCGUUAACCCUAGACCUUACUUUUGCGUUAUGGCUCUUACAACGCCAGUCAUGGCUACCACUGUCACCGGUAGAUCCAGUACGUUUACCGGGGUCCGAGUCGGGACGUCUGCAACGACCCGCAAAGCGCAGUUGAAUUCGCAUCUCCGUUUACUUCCGUUUAUACCCGCGCCUUUCCGACUAAGUCAAACGCGUCAUACAACUCUUCAAAUAUAUGCCUUCUCGCGUCCGGGCAGCGGACCAGCGGACCAGCCUGAAGAUAAGGACCUCCGGAGCAGCGAUGCCGCGGAUGGCAGCAGCGGGACGAGCAAUCUCCCCGGCCUGCCCGACUCAGUUUACCCCCCGUCCACAUCCUCCCCGAUCUGGGUCACCGGUAACCCUCUUGGUGCUGCUGACAGGGCGGCUGACGCCUCGCCAUCAGUCAUCGGCGGCGGCGACGGUCCCAAUGAGGACACUGGCCAUUCACCACUGACCCUUGGGUCAGACGUUCUAGAGCGAAUGGCCAAGCUCCGCGCGCUCGACCAGUAUCGGAACCUGCUCACUGAGCUAGCGGAAGCCGAGGCAGCCGCGGCCGCGGCUGUACGACAGUCCCAGCGACGACCCGGCUCCUCAUCUUCCUCCUCCGCCGCCGCCGCCGCUGCGGCCGCGUCGUCCGCUGGUGACGACAGCGCCGCCAUGCUGCGCGGCGCGCUGCUGAUCGCUCGCCAUCGCUAUCCCUCGCUCGACGAGCAGCGAGUGUACGACACACUGGACGAGCUGUCCCGGCGAGUGUCGGCGCUGCUGCCGCGGGAACCGGGGGAGCGCUACCCGCUGCGGGUGGUGGCGGCGAUCAACCGGGUUCUGUACCACGACUACGGCUUCCGGGGUAACGAGGAGGACUACUACGACGCCUCCAACAGCUGCAUCAACCUGGUGCUGGAGCGCCGCAAGGGCAUCCCCAUCACCCUCGCCCUGGUGUACAGCGAGGUGGCUCGCCGCGUGGGGCUGCCCAUGCGCGGCGUCAACCUGCCGGGGCACUUCAUGCUGCAGCCCGUGAGGACGGCGCUGCGGGGGCAGGG